GAAUAUCCUGAAAUAUCACCAUGGUGAGUAUGCAUUGGUGUCCAUCGAGCGCCCCGUCGUCCUUCGAGCCCUUCAGGGCGCUAUUCUGCGUGCGUAUUUUCGAAUUCGCCCGAAAGAUGGUUGCGAAAUUUCGGUAAAUAAGUUUCGCGAUGACGAACCGGUGAAUAAUCUGCCGCAAUGCGGAACUCCCGUUUGUACCAACGAAAAUAACUCGAUGUUCGUUGGGAUUGUUGCACCCGUGUUUUUCGCUCGGGAUGCGGUUGAUGUCCGUUUGAAACGUCCUAUCGAUCUGUUGCAUAUUGGGUGUUGACAAUAACAAACGUUGACGUUUUUUUUUUUGUAUUUCGUAGGCUGACCAACUCACCGAAGAACAAAUUGCCGAAUUCAAAGAAGCUUUCUCGUUGUUCGAUAAAGACGGCGAUGGUACGAUUACUACGAAAGAAUUAGGUACAGUAAUGAGAUCUCUAGGACAAAAUCCUACAGAAGCUGAAUUACAGGAUAUGAUCAAUGAAGUAGAUGCCGAUGGUAAUGGAACAAUCGACUUCCCAGAAUUCUUAACGAUGAUGGCGCGUAAAAUGAAAGACACAGACAGUGAGGAAGAAAUUCGCGAAGCAUUCCGAGUAUUCGAUAAGGACGGUAACGGUUUCAUUUCGGCGGCGGAGCUGCGCCACGUGAUGACCAACCUUGGUGAGAAAUUGACGGACGAAGAAGUCGAUGAAAUGAUUAGGGAGGCCGAUAUCGACGGUGACGGUCAAGUCAAUUACGAAGAGUUUAUCAGGACACACCUGCUAGCUAAGUGA